AAGAAGCGUACUCGAUUCUAUUCUAUUACUAUGCAUUUUGAACAUUCAAUGAGUCCUAUCUCCAAUUGAUUCACUCCUGCUGCUGUAUGCAUUUGUCACGAUCGAAACCUUAAAUUCGAGGCACAUGUCCAAUCCCUUAUCAGACCGUUGCCCAACUCCGAAUCCAGCCCGAAAUGCACAAACCAAAAGCAGAUACUUAUGGAACCAUGCAGAAAAAGAGCAUCAGGAUAAGAUUCCAUCAGAUCAAGAUGAAUUGGAGCAAUUUCGAAAAUCUUUUGAGAGUAACAGUGCAUUGAAGAGACCGACAAAAGAUGACUCUCAAUCUCGGAAACCCUCAAAUAAUGAGGCGUCUACUGCUCAAGCAGACGCACCAUCUCCACACUUACAGUCUAAAAGACCCUUAAAUUCACCCCAACCAACUCGAGCGCUUUCUGGCCUUCAAGCUUUGAACUUGGGAUCAAAUGAGGCUCAUACGAUGGAGGAUGAAGAAAUCACAACAGAUCAGCCACGCAAAAGAGCUGCCGUCGGAGAUGGUAUAUCGGCAGGUUCAGCAUCACCAUUCCGAGAAAACUCAAGUUCACCCCCACCGCGAAGAUCUUUAGCUCGACCGACUUCUGGACCAAUUUCCGCAGAAGACACGGAGACUCGACGACAGGCUACAAAGGGACAACUCUGGACUCCCGAUCAAGACUCCCCAUUCACGAGGUCAUCCUUUGAUCCCUCCAACAUUGCCUCGAUUCAAGCCUCAAGAUCUCGAGCUCAAGCGUACAGACCGGCGAAUCGAAGAACUGCGAAACCAUCUGCACCUCAAAGUACAUCUCGAUCAGCACCACAUAUGAACCACCAUCAACAGCAACAACAGCAGCAACAGCAUCAUCAUGUUCAGGCCAAUACCCCAUCCGCAAUCUUACCCAAUAGGACAGUGCCGGAAAUUGAAUCAAGAUCUCAAAGUGAAGAGUACAAUAUUAUUCUUCAGCCAGAGACAAGGCCCAUUUCUCAAGAGCAGCUUGUAGCAGAGGUUAAAGGCAUAUAUGCUGGACUUGUAAUGGUUGAAGCCAAAUGUAUCGAGGUUGAUAAUAAGCAAGCUACGCUUGUGCAGGGUGACCCUCCCACGCAACCAAGGCUUAAUAAUGAGCAGUGGCAAGCCCUCAUUGCGUUGCAUCGCACUUUACUUCACGAGCAUCAUGACUUUUUCCUGGCUUCUCAACACCCAUCUGCAAGUCCAGCUUUACGUAGACUAGCAUCAAAAUAUGCUAUGCCUGCUAGAAUGUGGCGGCACGGUAUCCAUUCCUUUUUAGAACUGCUCAGACAUCGGCUACCUGCCUCGCUUGACCACAUGCUUGCAUUCAUAUAUUUAGCAUAUUCGAUGAUGGCAUUGUUAUACGAAACAGUACCAGCUUUCGAAGAUACUUGGAUCGAGUGCUUGGGAGAUCUAGGAAGAUACAGAAUGGCCAUUGAGGACGACGAUAUCAGAGAUAGAGAGGUUUGGACUGGUGUCGCACGUCACUGGUAUGCAAAGGCUUCCGAUAAAGCCCCGACGACUGGUAGGCUAUAUCACCACCUUGCUAUUUUAGCACGCCCAAAUGCUCUCCAACAAUUGUAUUACUAUGCAAAAUCUUUGUGUGUUGUAGUGCCCUUCACCUCUGCACGAGAAUCGAUACUUACACUUUUCGACCCUGUCCUUCAUACCGAGAAUGGGCACGGCCAAUAUCGAUUACCGCCUCUAGAUACUGCGUUCAUCCGAGCCCAUGGACGUUUAUUCACAAACAGAUCCAUAGAGAGGUUUGAACCCGCAGUACAAGAGUUCCUCGCGCUACUUGAUAGCCAAAUUGGUCGAGUAACCAAAAAGUUCAUGGAGCAAGGCUGUCACAUUGCUAUCUCCAAUAACGUUGCAAUGUUAGGUUUCGCGUCUAAAGAAAACCCUCUUAUGAUAGCUAUUGCUCCUUCUUCAGCUAAAGAAGCCGACGUUGAUAUGGACGAGUCUCGGGACGAGUCUCGGGACGAGUCCUCUCCUUCUAUGAUAGCAUUCAGACACGCACAGAACCUCAGUUAUUCUACAUUGGAGAUCAUACUGCAAAGAAUAGGCGAUCCAAAUGUUCUUCCGUUUAUUCAUGUUUCUCUUGUUUUCUUGUUUCGUCUGUCUCAAUUUUCGGGUGCAAUGGAUCUUUUGGCACCGGCGUUUCCAUGGCAAUCUCUCGCAAUCAUGCUCAAUACGUUACUGAAAUCUUACAAGUCCCUCAGCCGUAUUGAGGAUGAUAAGUUUCCACUACCAGAGAAGGACGACGUCCGGCCUUUCCCGGAAGACUACGGAAUGCGCGGUUUAUUAUGGUCAGAAAAAUACUUCCCCGAAAAAUGGUUUCUCAAUGAGAAAACUGAUGAAGAAGAGAAAUAUCACGAGCUUGCAUCUAUGCUCGAGCAAAGAAAAGAACGCAUACUGUGGUUAGCUUGUCGCAUUGCUGAUGCUGGCCCAUGGAUCACCUUCGAUAGUUCCAAGCCAGAAUUUUCUGUCCAGGAUAGUGAUACAGAGAUGGAGUUUUCAAAAUCUCGAUCCAUGACCUUUGCUUCAGCAACUACUAAUGAUAGCCUUCCAAGAACAGAAACUUGGUCAACCGUAGAAACUAAUCUUGACGCUGAAGAAGACAUGUCGUCGGCCACGAUGACUGCGGCAGAUACAUCUCCAAAAGAUUGAGCCACAGAAGAAGCAAGGAUAUCAGUCAAAAUCUAAGCAAGCUAAAGUACUGGGAGGACACCAUACAAGGUUGAUGAUGAUAGUACCCUACCAAAUUGUUGAUUCCUUCAGGGGAAGUCAUUUCACACACUUCCUGAGAUAUCAGGAAGAAAUCAGUGCCUAGAGAGUGGUCCUCGCGGACAAUUUUGUGAACGGCGGUGGUGGUACGAACUUUCAGGCAUCCAAAUAAUAUAUGGUCUUUUAUUUGGUGUCAGGAUGGGGAAUUUGGUUUCAUUCAUGAUCCAAAUAUCGAAGCAUGUUGAUAUGGUCAUCUUCACUCUCCUAUGAGAAUAAACAUAUCAUACGUUUGUUUCCUUCUUCGAUUCUUCUUUUUAGUCUUCUUGACUCUGGCUAUCAAGGCUGAUUUCUCAUAUUUCAAUUGUAAUGCAGACAUGAGAAUUACGAUUGAUGAAUUACGCACAUAUUGAUAGGUUUUGAAAUUUGGUGAAACCAUUUUGACAAGCAACCCUAUGCAGCAAGAACCCAAAUAAAGGAGCUUCAAAUUUAUCUACGAAGGAUAUAGGACGAUACAAGGGUAUUCAUAGCAACGCCGUCCUUGCAAUAAUCUAACCCGAAUCACGGGAUACCAAAUGCGACAUUCAGACCGAAAUACCAACCGACGAGGCAAAUUCGGUACUUCGGUUGAUUCGGCUGAUUCGGGUAAUGUAUACUUAACCGAGUGUAACCCUACUUACAAAAUCUGUCAUACACCUACAUUGGCUCAAUUUAAAGUUAGAAGCGUGCCACAGCAUUCUCGACCAAAACUUUCUUCUAUGUGGUAGACAGUGAUUAUAACUGUCGAACGCGACUCGAGCUGCAUUAGACCCCUCUAACUUUCUUACUCAUAGGUUAUUGCUUUGAUUUUGUUGGAGGGCGUUGGCACCACGGAUUCUAGCCUAUUCAUCUAUUAGCCCCGAAAUGACAUGGUGCAUGUACACUAUAAAAUAGCUCAAUAGCCUAAUCAGCAGGCUCUUUAUUGCGGUACGGCUUAGGCAAACUUAAGUGCAUUUUCGAUCUUGUCAUUGCGAUAAUAUAUCUCUGACCACCACCACCAUUAGGAAUUUACGACGCCCCGAAUUUCUUAGCAAGAAUAAGGAAAUGGGCGUUUUAUCAGAAUCUCUCUAACCGGGGUACAUUUUUAUCUGACUUGAAAGCAGUAUUGCAUUCCGUUGGCUAGUUUGGAAGGCGUCGUCUGUUUCAUCGAUCCAGCCUUCCUUGAACUUGUGUUUACGCACUCAUGUUUGAAAGGUCCAUGGAUGCGUGCGGCUUAAUCUUUGGAUAAUAAGUCCUCGUCGAUAUAAAAGAUGGUCAUAAUUUUGAAGGCUUUCCGAAAGCUUCUCUUCUCUCUCUAUUUAUCACCUGGAAGGAAGGCACACCUAGAAAAUCAAUGCUACAGUCCAUGGAACAACUCUAGAGCCCUUAGGCUGACCUUCUUCUCGAAGGACUAUCCCUAAACGGAUGGAGGCUUGCUUACUUGGACGUUCAGCCUUGUCGCGCCAAUUAUUGCCGCAAAAGAAGCGCACCAAUUGAAACCUUGAGCUCUUUACUGAAAGUGGGAGCUGCUUCUAAGAUUGUCUUUCUCAUUGUUCUCCACAGAGUGAAGGAACACGAAGGUAACAAUCUAAAAUCUUACUUGCAUCGCAGGAAUAGACCUGACUAGAAGUUCAAAGCUAGCGUCAAGCCGGGGCGUCUCACGUUUUCUUCCACAAGAAUCUUCAGGCAUGGCUGUAAAAUCCUGUUAUCAUUUGAGUGUGCCUCGAAUAUACCAAAAGUCGAUUACGUUUUUGCCUUUUGCCUUCCUAUUCUGCUUUAUCAGAUUGAAGUACAAUCUUGCGAUGGCAAGCCGCACGGUAUAGUCUAGAAGGCUGCAUCGUUGUGAAAAGAGCCCCAUGACCAUUCUUGUGCUAGAUCUACCAUCGCGUGGCUCUUUCAGUGUUUAUUGGUGUGGAGACUGCGGGGUAGCAACUUGAUAAGGCUAUCUCAGUGAUGAUCAAGUGAUCGCUACUGGAUGUAAGAAAAAGGCAUAAGGCUGAUCGAGAUAUCGACCCGGCAUAAUGAAUCAACUGCUGACCGAGAUGCCAUUACUUCUAAGUUUUAAAAGCGAUAUUAAAAAUGUAUUCAUUUUAUUCUAUGUCAAGCAAAUUAUAUCGUGAGGUCUAUCGUCAUGCGCAGACAUAGUCAUGAAAAGGACAGUUCAAGCCCCACGUUUCGGACCACGCCACAAGUUUGCUGCGUGCAUCCAUAGAUCUUAACGGUAUUGCAUGAACUAUUUCAUAGAUAUAGCCGUCGCUUAAUGAUAUACAAAUACAACAGCUGCAAGGGGGCCAUCACGGCCCGUUUCUUCAAAUUACAGAAAUAUCCUGCACUGGAAGGUUUCCGGGAGUUCUAUAGUUGAUUCCGGGCGAAUGGACUUUAGAUAAAUCGUCGUUUUCAAGGCGAAACAACAAUGUAACGGAUAGGUUUUGCAGGGUCCAUUUGCUCUCUUGAUGACGUCGAGUUACAUUGCAUUUCUUAAAGCCUUAUCAAACUUACUCAAUUUCAUGAUUGUUACAUUUUAGCGGUUGACGCUCUCCGUGCAAUCUCACAAUCUCCACCGAUAUCAAUAGGAAUUCGCACUAGAGGCUCAUAUGAUAAGAACAUAUCAGUCAGGCAAUCCUUCAUUCCUGUCAUCUACAGCUUACUCACCACGUCAAAUCAUUCCAUCAUGGUUGUUAUCAAUCUUGUCGAGACCCUAAUCAAAACUUAGGCCUGCUGAUGGCCAGAUCAAUGGGGUCGUUUUCGUAAAAAAAUCCUGGAAAUGUGGCGUUGUAGUAGCCUUGCUAUUGGCACUUGGCGAGGCAAUUAAGGCAUCUAUGUAUUAUUAGCUGACUGCAUCCUCCUCGGACGGCAGGAAUAAAUUCGGUGAACUAUUGUAUAAUAACGGAAUUAACUGGUUUUGUCGACACAUCAAGCCGUACGAACUGAGGAAUCAUAUCACGACUUGAGGUAUAAUCUGCGGGCUCCAAACGCAGAUUAGUAAGUCCGUGAAAAGACUCACGAGGAUUGUAUGUAUGUAAGACCCAAGAAUUCAAGACGGGUUCUUCGGCGGGUCCAAACCCGGAAUCCCGAAGACGUGAGAUUCUCAGAGGAUGAUUGUAAAUUAUUCGUGCAUUGAUCACAAUAUAUGUUUAUUGUUCGCCUCACUUUUCCAUCUCGCCGACGCGGGUGAGAUAUUUGCCUUAAGAACAUCUGCUCAAGUGCUGGGCGAUGGUGCAAUGCCGAUCUAGGACUUCUGAGAUAGCUUGCUUCUCCGUAGAGUUACAAGGCUGAGAGGAGAAUUGGAGAAACUGGGCUGUGCCGGUUUUCUAGAAAUUUCUCCUCUUCAUUAUUAAA